AUGUCGGCGUGGCUGAGCCGGGCGGCGCUGCUGCUGGGGCGGCCGGGGGGCCCCGCCGCCACCCCCCUCUGCCUGGGCUCCUUACGGGCCCCCCGCUGCUGCCGCCGCCUGGCCACCCUGCGCGGCGGGGCAGAGGGGCUGCGGCUUCCCGCGGCCUCGGGACUGGCGCCGCCCGGCCGCCCGCGGGCGCUGGGCACCCACCCGAAGAAGGAGCCGAUUGAGGCGCUGAACACGGCGCAGGGCGCCCGCGACUUCAUCUACAGCCUGCACUCCACCGAGCGGAGCUGCCUGCUGCGGGAGCUGCACCGCUUCGAGUCCAUCGCCAUCGCGCAAGCAUCCAGAUACCCAAAACCACUGGUACCCUUUGAGAAGGCAAUGAAGCAGGUAACAUCACCAGAGACAACUAGUAGUUCUGAGAAGUUGGAAGUUGCACCACCAUCACCAGGACAGCUGAAACACGUGUUCUUCCAUAAUGCAAUACCUUUUGUAGGAUUUGGAUUCUUGGAUAAUGCAAUUAUGAUAGCUGCGGGAACCCAAAUAGAAUUAUCGAUUGGAGUUGUCCUGGGAAUAACAACUAUGGCAGCUGCUGCUUUGGGAAAUCUUGUUUCAGAUUUAGCUGGACUUGGUCUUGCAGGCUAUGUUGAAGCUCUGGCUUCAAGAAUGGGCCUGUCAAUUCCUGAUCUGACACCCAAGCAAGCAGAUAUGUGGCAAACACGUCUUAGUGCACACGUGGGUAAAGCUAUUGGAGUGACCAUUGGCUGCCUUUUAGGAAUGUUUCCUUUGUUCUUCUUUGGAGAUGAAGAAAAAAAACUGGAAGAGAAAAAUUAACCUUUUUACAAUAUAAAUAAAAAUGUAAACUAAUGUACCUCAAUUAUUCAAUUAUGCUGUCGGAAUAUUUAGGAAUUAACUGACAGUAACAAUGUAUAGACUUGGGAACAAAACAUUCAGCAUGUUGUUUUAUGAAUAGACUAAUUUAUUGUAGCUGUGUCUUAUUCAGUACAUCUUUUUAUAAGAUACCAUUUAGCUUUUUAUUUAAUGUAAAUUGUUAAAAUGUUUUCACUUAUAGUAGCUACUGACGUUUACUGAUUCCCUCUCACCUUCAUCCUGUAACAGGAUUAUUACUUAAUUGCCUGCUCUGGAUGUACUGUGCAGAUUUUGGGUUUCCAUGGCUGCUGCCUAACUUGUAAAUGCAUGCCAAAAAGGGUUCUUUUGCUGCUGCUCAGGUCCUCCAGUCCAGACUGUCAAUGGGGCCCGUUGGCGGGUGAUUUGGAAUGAUGUUAUUAAGGAUUCUUGCAGUUGCUUUUCCCUUUGAGCUGCCAUUUCACAUUGCCUCAGGAUAGACCUGUUUUAGCUACCCCCCAGGGUUUGGUUUGGACACCUUCACAAUGCUAGCUAAUAUUGCUUGCAACCCAUCCAUUACAUGCCAUCACUUCUUCACGAGGUAAGUCUUUAUUUGUAGUGGUGCCUUGUUACCAGGUUCAUCCUUCAGUGUUUAUACACAGUCACCCAAUUUUUUUUUUCCUGAAGCAGUAUUUUGAGAAUCAAGUUUAAAGUUAGUUUGUGGAAUAUCCCUUCUUUCAUCUAACCACUCACUCAAGUUACAGCACCUACUUCCAGUGAGCAUAACUUUCCUCUCUUCCUGAACUUUAACCAAACUCCAGGAAUUCCAUCUGAGCCCCUAAUGGAGCAAUUAUGUGCUACUGGCAACUGGAUCAAAACAAUAAAACUGUGUUUUGUACAGAAUAGCAGAUAGGUUAAGAAGAGCUGUAGACAAGGGGGCGAUGUCUUAAGAUGAAAUUGGAAAUGGAGAGUUAUAUUUGAGGUGAUGAUACAGAAAGUCUUUUCCAGAUGAGUGCACAGGACAAAAAAUGAGGUUGCUCCCUUAUUGUUUCGAACACUUUCUGUGCAAAUGGUAUGAACCAGUGCUGCGUUCUGUCCAAGAAGGAUUUAACUUGAAGAUCAGUUUCCGGCAAAUUAAAUCAGAUUCCAGUGUGCCAACUCUGGACACUUUCCAGAUCUACCAGUUCUACAUGUUUCCCUGUAGACUACAGAUUUUCAAACCAUUAUAUGGAUUUGUGGGGAAAACCUCUAAUAUAUGGGGAAAUAGCCUCUGUUUGGUUGCCUUUUCCUAUUCAUCUGCAUCAUGGGGAAGGAAAGCCAAUUGGAGCUGCUACACAAGCUGAUGGAUAGUCUGUGGAGCACACAAGAGCUCUGCUCCACUAUCUAUUAGCUGGUGAAAUGCUCAGCUCUUUGGUCUUAGAACUGGCUGGCGAGUUGCUGCUUCCUGCCAGCUCUGCAGCUCCCCGUGUCCCCUUGAUCUCCCCCAUCUGCCUACACGUGUUUGCCCUCCCAUGAGUCUCUAGCCCCUGACAUCACCCUGCCCACCAUGUCCCCAGCUUCCCUCUUACCUCAGGUGUCUUCUGGGACGGGCCUUGAUGGCCUGCCCCUCCCCUCCCUAGGUCUUAAUGCGGUACCUGGCUGACUCCUCAUCUCUAGUCAUUGGGGAGCUGCAAACAGGGAACCCAUUGCCUCCCAAAUCCCACAGAGUUCCACGGCCUUUAGAGGCAGGGACAUAGCCUCGCAGGCACUGAGCUCUGACUUCAAUCAUACUAGCCAGGAGUAGCUCUACUCAGUGGGUGGGGUUUCCACCUAUUGCUGGCAAACUCCUCCCAUAGGGGCGGAACUUUCUUCAGCAGCCAGGGCUGGAGCCAUCUGAACUUAAUGCCUGCAGAGCCAGGGUGUGGAUUAGACAGUGUCCCCCCCACUUGGCAGUCCCCCAAACAUGGGAGAUAGUGGGUAGCAGGUCCUCCCAAAGACAUUUAGGUGUGGGAGGCCAUUGGGGGAGUAAUGGGGGAGAGAGGAAAAGAAUAGGGAAUCAUAGGCCUGGGAUGGAACUUCCACGCAUGGAAUCCCCGUUCUUACCCUGGGCUCUGUCUGUGAAUGGUGAAGCCUAUGGUAUGCUUUCCCUCCUCUUGUGUAAUGUGGGAACUGGCUUGGUGGAGGGUUUUGUGGGUGAUGGGAUGACUGCAUGGACUGAAUUGGGUAUGAAAUGCAGGGGGGUGUGUGUGUGUGUGUGUGUAUAAUGGGUGGGUGAGAUUGUUCAGCACAGGUGGGUGGAACAUACAUGGGUGUGUGAAGUGGGCAGGUGUGCAUGUACAAUUGGAGGAUGUGGGGCUGCAUGCAUAGAAUGAGUGGAAUGAAUGGGAGGGUUGGUGGAGGAGUGAGUUGUCUGGGUAGUAUAUGAGUAAUGACAUUGGAUAGGAAGAUGGGAGGGAGUGAAAGUGGGUUUGAGAUGUAUGGAAUGAAUGUAUGAAGUGGACAUGCAUAGAACAAAUGGACACAUGUAUCUGAGUUUAUGCAUAUUUAUGCAUGUUAAUGCAACUAUAGCUAAAUUAAAAUCUACUGGGUUUUUUGUUUGCAAAUGUUUGCAUGCAUGGUUUCCUAAUUUAGAAACUCAAUCUGGUGGUCUCUCUCAACCUUUCUGUUGAAAGCUGUUUUAAGAUGAAUGAGUGCUCAUGUCAAAAAUGCUUAACAGGUGGUUUCUCUGAUCGUCAAAUUGGAAAAAAAAAUCAGUCUGGAUUAGUGGAUCUGAUUUGCAGAAUAUAAUUCACAGUUAAAACUAGACCUUUUUUUUUAUUUUCGCUGUGAAGGCAUUUAUUGGAAAAGCAGAUUUGUGGUUUUUUUCCUUUUUUUGCCUUAUUAAUUUUACUUAUUUGCAGCCCUGUAUAAUCUUAUGUUUGGUGAGUGGUGAGUGAUAGUUGCAAUUAUCAUAUUAAAUAUUUGAAAUAUUUCAGUAUAUGACCCAUCUGUACUAUAACUAUAAAUUCCUAAUAGUUGCUUACAAAGGAGAGGAUCUUCUCUAUGCACAAUAUGGAAGAAGAUACCAAAAGCAGGGUAGAGCUGGGGCACUUUAUUUUGGCAGCUCUGCAUCGUUGAGUUUUUCUAAUCUGUAGAAAGAUAAGUAACAAUUACUUAAAUCCCAUGAAACUAAGUUUUGUUUGCUGUUGGAAAGACUGUAUUAUUGCAGCCCUUAUUUGUUUGACAUGUUUGAUUAGCAGCUCACCUCCUUGGUGGUAAAUCUGAUCCCCCUCUGACCACCUCCAGAGGCCCUGCCCCAGCGGUACCAGCCCUUUAAUCCUAAUGGAUGAAGAAGGAACAAAGAAAUGCUAUCAAUUUUUUAAUAAGCUUUGAGAUAGUGCUGCUAAAGCAGUGUCUCAGAAUUGCACUUCCCACAGAAAGGAUGACUUUUCAUCAACUUUGUUAAUAUCCCCCAUAUGUAGUAUCAAUUCAAGUGUCCCUUGUUGUAGGAUAGUAUAAUCUUCCUUCCGGUGUAAGUCUGUGUUUUAUGUGGUGCUUGGAUGCUUUAAAAUUGAUCAUCCAGUAGUAGUUGUCUUGCCUGGAAAGGACACUUUGGUUUUCUUCCUCUGCAUAUGUAUUCAGUUUGCAAGAAGCUUUUCUUCUUUUGACUACUAUUCUUUCCUAUUUUUUUCUUUACAAAGCUAUAAUUAUUAUUUUUCUUUUUUUAAGAUGGAGAACACAUAAAAUGCAUUUUGGAUAGCAGUAUUUUUAGUUUACUAUAGACAUGGCAUAACUCAUCAAAGUGUAACAUGUUGCUGAAGAUAAGUACCGUACUCUAGUGUGUGGUACUUUGCACAGAAUAGUUUCAGCAAUGUUUCCCAUUACAGCAUUGGCAUUGGCAUUGAAAUUUUUAGGCAAUACUCAAGCUUCUGUACUUCACUAACUGAUUAAAAUCGGAACACUAACUUCAUUCUCAUUAUUUUUGAGAGCUUUCAAGAACAAAUACGUAGCUAAAUUCAGCUGUUGUAGCAAUGGUCAUUUAAAAAUGAGUAAGUCCACGUACUAUUGUUUAUUACCUUUUGCAUGUAAAUUGAGUGCAUUUUGUUGAUACUGUAUGGUAAACUAUUGUUCUGCAACCAAUGUUUUUAACAAGAAAAGAUGAACUAAAAGUUCUUCAAAGAAGUUCAUGUGAUUUUGUUCUAAAACUAUUGAGCUGGCCAUGAAAAAUUAUAAUGGGCAGGCAACACCGUGGUUGGACAUAGUCUUGUGUGUUUCAGACCAGCCAUGAACAGGGAGUUCAUGAAGGUGACUCCCUAGGUUCCCCAGGAUUUGGGAAAGGAAUAGUUACUACUGUGGGUGAAAUCCUGCCACCUUUGUCACCAGUGGGGAAGCUCUCACAGUUUUCAGUGGGGCUAAAUGUCACCCUAUAUGUGGGAUGGCUCAGCAAGGCUACAGGAUUAACCCUUGUGUACCUCAGUGGUGCGAAAAGAGGGGUUUGUGCCUAUUCAGUAUUGUGAAUCUCUCAGCAUGUGUUUUUAGUAAAUGACUAAGGGCAAUUCUGAGUGCUCUGGCCCUGUUCUUAAAAAUACAGAUUUGAAAAGACCAAGCAUAUAACAGAAGAACUACCAUGUUGUCCGUACAAGUUUUUUAAGAGACUUUGUUCUUACUCCAUUCGUUUAUUUCUGUCAGUUUUGUACUGUAUGUAAAAUGGGCCUUUAACAUUAAAAACUUGGUAGACGUGAAAUUGUUUA